AAUACAAGCUCAGUAUGGACUCACGAAUUUCCGACCAAAUUCAGAUGUUACCUCGAACCUACAAAGAAGAUCAAGCCUACCGAACAGAUGACUCAGAGCCAUGCUCACGAUCCGAAAACAUCGUUUUCAAAGCCGACAGCUCAAAGUGGCAUGUCAGGGUGACAUUCCGAGGCCAAAUUGGCAUCACGAAAAGAAGUGGUCUUCUGAAACGAAGAAAGAAUUUAGAAGCAUUCAUUUCUAUGGUUGAUUUCCAUCUCCUUCCCCUCAUUCCAGACACAGUCAGUGAGCUGGUCAUUGAGCAAGCCUCAUACUCCGCAAAGCUCCCACUGAAUCCAGGACAUAACCCCGAGUCGAGCGAUAGUCUCGAUGCUGAUUGGACAUACAUAAUCCAAGAAGAUGUUGCGCGAGUGCGAUACCCGAAUUAUGAGAACAACUCAAAUCUACCAGCCAUGAUUCUCACAGACAUCGAAGAGACGGAGCAGCUCUCCAACAACGUCUUUCUAAUCACCAAGAAAGACGAAGCCACAAACUUCAUCUACAAGACAGUAGACCACCCCUUUAACGAACCAAAUCAUACAACAAUGUUUGAGCGGGAGCUUCACAAUCUCCAGCUCUACCAAGACAGUCCUAGCAUGGUUCAACUAAUUGCUGUGGUGAAGGCGCCCAGCCCAUACCAAACGACAACCACACCCAGUGAGCAAGACCACAAUGUCAUAUACGGCAUGGUGCUAGAAUACCACCCCAACGGGACUCUCGAGGACGCGAUCACUCGAAGGGAUGGAAAAGGAGUAGCCUGGAAGUCGUGGCCGAGGCAGCUGGCGCGUGCGCUGUUGCGGUUACAUGAUUCUUGCAUUACGCAUAUGGAUGUUGCGCCGAGGAAUGCUGUCAUAGAUGCUUCUAACGGGGCGGUUUGGAUCGAUAUUGGAGUCGGGUAUACGUAUGAGAACCUGGCGCCUGAAUUGCGGGAUGAUUCGUCUCCGUUGGAUGCCUCGUUUGAAGUGAGGUGUCGGAGUGAUUGGUGGGCGUUUGGGAAGCUUUUGGUAGAACUUGCAUCGAUUGAGGAUGGUGGGUUUUCAGAUAUUCUCCGGGAUAUUGGCGGAGGACUGUGUUUGGGCAAUUUCGAAGAGAGGCUUGGUAUUUGUGAUGCUAUACAACAACUAUGA